GUUGAUUGGCACUGUUGGUUCUUUUGGAUUGAUACCUUUUUUAUAUUUUUUUCUUCUGUAUUUUGCUGUUGGCCUAUUUUUGUUUACCAAUUUCACCGAAAUUCUUUUUUUUUGCUUAUACCCUUCCUCUGGCUACAAACUUAAUAACCAUGAUUACUAUUAGCCCAUAUUCUACUGCUAAUGAAUACAGUAAUCUUUUAAAUCAGUCUGCAUUUCAGUUCAAUCCUGCUGAAAUUUAUAACUCAACUAAUAAUCUGAACAAUGAGUACGAAUUUUUCACUAUCAUUCCUUUAAAAUACGAGUAUUUGGUCAAACCAUCGCCAAUAAACAAUAUUAAUAGCACUAGCAACAUCAAUAUUAUUUACGAGUCUUCAAAUAAUUUAUGGAAUAAAGUUAUUCAAAAUAACCAACCACAUUAUGUCAUUGAUAACUUGUUGCAUUUCAAAUCUUUUAUUACUAAUAUUAAUGCCAAUGUUGGCGGAAUUUCCAUCAAAAUCGACGAAAACAAUUGUUUUACUGAUAAUAUUUUUACAAUAUCCAUUUUUGCUAAUGAUUUCAAUUUAAUCUCGACCUAUAAAAAAAAAUUACUUCAAUUCUACAAUUCAAUAAUUUCAAAGUCAAUCUCUUUCAAUCAAAACUCUAUUAAUUUAAACCAAAAUUAUCAAAACCUAAUUUUAUCAUUAAAUGAUAUUUCUUCUUACUGCAAUGUCACAGUUUUAAUUUCGAAUCAAUUUUUUGAUUUUAAAUUUAAUCUGCCAAUUGAUUCAAGAUUGUCUUCUCCAAUAAGAAAUCAAAACACUAUUAAUAAUGAAAUUAAUAACUUUAAUGUCUAUAUUCUAGGUGAUAGUAACAAUGUCAAUUUUGCUGAAUCAAGAGUAAGAUUAGUAUUGGAUGAUUUUCAAGGUUUAUACCUUGAUUCUUUAGAUCUUAAUUUAUCUUUACUACCCUUGGUGGCUGGAAUUCAAUUUAAUAAUCUUAAAAACAUUUCAAAACAAUCUGGCGCCAACUUAUAUUUACCAAAUUUAUUACCAGGUUUAUAUAACUCAACUAAACCCACAUCUUCAACUUUAUCCAAAAUUCAUUUUUCUGGUUUGCAAUCACAAGUUAUAUUAGCCAAAUCCUUGAUUGAAAAAAUCAUUAAAAGCUCUACAGAUCAAAUUUAUUUUAAAGACUCCCACAUAUCUCAUGACAAAAAUGAUUUAUUGUUACUAAAUUAUCAAGAAAAAAUUCUUUCGAUAAUGAUCAAAUACAGUUCUUUUAUUCAACUAGUUCCUCUUGGGCAUGAUAACAAGUGCAUAAUUAGAAUACAAGCUAGUUCGAUCUCUUUAGUUGACAACUCAAUGGAUGAAUUAAUGAAUUUACUAACAAAUAUUUAUGAAGUGGAAUUUAAACUUCUUAAUAAAAACAAUGAAAGUCAACAGUUUUUAUUUAACUUUUUAAAUAACAUUUCAAUUAAAACAAAUACUUGUCUUACUCUGAAUAAAAAUUCGUUGUAUAAUAUUACAGGAUUAAACUCAGAUGUUAAGCAAUGUAUAAAACUUUUGCAAUUAUUCAAACAAUUUAAUAAAUACCCCAACAACAUUCAGAUUCAUUACAAAAUCGAAUUACCCAAUUCCCAAAGAGAUUUUGUUUCCGGCAAGAAAAACGGAAAAAUGAUUAGAAUUAUGAACAAUACCAAUGUAUUAAUCAAAUAUACCCCAUUAAAUGAGUAUAACUUCAAUAUCAACUUGAUUUCAAAUGAUAUUUCAGCUUCUUCUGCGGCUAUUCAACUACUAGAAGAUGAGUUUCCCUCAGAAAUAAGUUUUUUCAUUCCAGAAGCAUAUCACAGACAGGUUAUUGGUUCUGGAGGUUUAACUAUCCAACAAAUCAUGAGAAAAUAUAACGUUUUUAUCAAAUUUUCAAACACUUAUGAUUAUCAGCAAAAUAUGUUCAGUUUUAUUAGACAUGAAAACGUUGUCAUUAGAUGUCCAUCGAAAAAUUCGAAAGCAAUUCCCUCUGCAAAAAGUGAGCUUGAUUCUUUAUGUAAUGAAUGCUCCAACUUGCACUUGACAACUUUUGUUAAAAUUUCAAGAUCUCAAUGGCGAUUGAUAGUUUCAAAAUAUGUGAAAAACGAAAUGAUAAUUUCUGAAAUUGAAAAGAAAACUUCUUGUUUUAUUAAUUUUCCUUGCACAGAGCCUUCAGAAUCUGCAAUUAUCGAAAUAAGAGGAAAUGAUAAUGCUUCAGAAGAGGCUGCAAAAUCCUUAAAAAAAUAUUAUCCAAAUGAUUAUGUUUUUAAAAUCACUUUUUCAAAUCAAUUCAAUACAAUUUGCUCAGAAAACAAUCAAGAAUUUUUGGAUAAAAUUAUUGUUCCUUUAAGAAUUCUCUUGAAUAUGGAAGUUCAAGUCUAUUCAGCUAUCGAGUUGGAAAAAAAAGAUUCCAAUGAAGUAGCUUGUCAAAAACUUGUUUUAAGUUACCUUGCAAAAGAUGAUAUGAAUGGCAAGAAUUUAAACGAUGCUGUUGGCCAUAUAUCAUCAUUUUUAGAGAAAAAUAGUUUUGAAAUAUUUGAUAAAGGAGAAGUUCUCGACAGCCAAUUGAUAAUUAAAGGUUCUGCUUCAACUUCUCUUGGUUCUAUUUUAAAUAACAAAUCUUUUAAUCGCAGGUCAUUAAGAAACAAUAUUUUAGCUCCUCCAAUUCAAUUUUCAUUUCCUGCUGCUGGCAGCAAAAAUUCAAAUAGUGAUUUAUCGUCAAGUGAUUGUUUUUCUAGUGGUGGAUAUUCUCCAGUUUCUUGCUCUCCAAUUUCUCGUUCUCCGGUAUCUCAAUCACCAAUUUCUCGCUCACCUAUUUCGCCCUCUAGACAAUUAUCUAAUAAUGAUUUAGUUCAAAUGGAGAAUAGCAUUUUUAGUUCAAACAUUGGCUCAUUACCUCCAUUGAAAAAUGAUAAUUUUGGUAUGAAUCCAUCUAAUCACCAAGUCCCUUUAAAUAACAUCAGCAAUAAUUUCUAUUCAAAUGGGUUGUUAUCGUCUCCCAAAAAAACCGUCAACUUAGGUCACAAAAGAUUUCAUCUGAUGGAUGAUCGUGGAGGUUCUAAUACUAUUACCAACUUCAAUAAUAAUCUUGCAAAUAUUAAUGUUAGUCCUGGACGCUACUCCAAUUAUUCCACAAAUAACUCAACAUAUUUUUACAAAUAAUAAUGGUCUUUGGUCAUAAAAAACAGACUUUAAUUCAGUUUCAUUUUUUUUUUAUAUUUUUUUGGAGACAAGUUAUUUUUUUAGGCUAAUUAAAAGAUUUUACUUUGAAUUAUUCAUAUUUUGAAUUUUUUUAUCU